AACACAAGUUCAUUAGCAUCAAUCGGGCACCUGAAUUUCGUUGUGGAUUGAUUGAUUGACAUUGACUGACAAUGAUCGCCCACAGACUCGGACAACAAUGGUCCUGUACUCCUUUUCAUUCCCGUGUGCGUGGAUCUGUGGUCAAUAGACGAACCAUGACGCUCCGACAUUUGGAACAAUCCCUCAUAAAUUUCUACAGCCACUGCCAGGUUGCAAAUUGAUCGGAUUUGGGUUCAUGUUUGUUUUUUAUCCAAGUCCACGGGCCAUUGUGGACGGCGCAUGAUUUCUCCUCCCUGAGAAGCAUGGUAUUCUUGCGGUAUAAAAACCGCUCGAUUUUUUUCAACUCAUCUCCAUGAUCACUUUCAGUCCGAGUCAUGGAUCGUGAGCGCUAUGAUUCCCGUCAACACUCAGUCUCAUCCACCCCAACUUCACAACAUUCUUCUCAUAGAUCCCGUUCGCCAUACACUUCUGAUAGUCAAUCAUCCAUGUCUCCGACAUCAGGCAUUUCCCCUCGCACACCUCAACGUCCAUUCUACCGCUCGCCAGCACCUGGUCCAUCGGACAAUCUAGUUCGUUACCGUGCUCCCAGCGAGCCUUUCCCGCAAUCUCCCCUAUAUUCUCAUGGACCCCAUGACAACCUUGACGGUACGGCAUUCCUCUAUGACCGCUCCCCAGGUUCUUCGCAAUCUGCGCAAUCGAGCUCUUCCGACACACAGUCCCAUUUCGACUCCAAUCAGCUUAUUCCUCCAUUUCAACUAACUCAGAUACGCGAGAAAGUUCCGCAUAAUUUGCGCGUUGACGGCUCUCGUGCAUUGUCAACCAGUUCGUCCAUGGCCCCUGCCGCUUCUGGACCCUCUGGAGGGCCCAGAGGACGAACUGUUUCAUCAGGGGAUCACUCUCAGUACAUUGCUCCGUUGAUAGGGUCUCAACAGAUGCCCUCCAAUGUUAUGAUACAAGGGUCCAGGGACUCUAAGACAUCUAUGCUGGCUGACGGCGUCUUGAUGGCGGCGAUCUCAGCAGCAAAUGCCGAGCAUAGAGAAUUUCCGUGGUACUGUGUAUGGACUCGCGCUCUUGAAAGGCACACAUUCCCCAGUUCAAUUGGGGAUGAUCUCUUCUGCAACGUCGCACCACAACAUGUUUUAAUUCGAUCCUUCGACCCAUCUCCGCCUGACUCACUAUCUCCCGGACGCGGUCGCAGUGGGGGUAGCAGGAGUGAAUCAGUGUCCCCCUUCAUCUCGGAACCAAGGACUCCUCCAAGACGCACUCAGGCCAAAGUGCGCCAUGCACAUGUUGUCCCUGACUUUGCUCAGAUUCUUCGCCGUAUCAAGCUGCCACCUUCUAUGCCGCCAGUUAUCGUACGUGAAAAGGUUAUUUGUUUGAUCUCCCGUCAGGCCUACUUUGCAUUUAUGGGAGACUCGACGCUCACGACCAUCGGCGUAAUCCUUGCAUUUGGCAACGUUUGGAAAUACGUGGAGUUUCCACGGCCUCUAGCAAACCUUCCCAGCACCUGGUCAGAGUAUCAGGACCCUACCUUUGGGAGUCCAUCUAGCUUGCGUCGCCCGGUCCCGCGAGUGCCCUCCUACCUGAAGAAGCUGAGCGGAAACAAGGAUUAUAUCGCGCUGAAAUUUCUCGCGACGAGGAUUUUGGAACGUGAAAAGGAUAUUUGAAUGGGCGAAAAAGUCCAUACACACAUUUGACACACAUCAUUCCUUAUGGUAGGAAGAAUGAGUUCAACUCGAUGGAUAUAGAGCGUGUUCUACUUAUCGAUAUGUAUUCGAAGGUCUAGUCGACGCAAUCCGAGGCAGAGUCACCUCAUACUUGGAUUAUUCGGAAGCUAUGAUACAGUAGGGUCAAAUAUAUACAGUCUUAGUCUCCUCUUGGCUUGUUACUGCGCUUGUCGUGGCCCCCCUUUCGAGGAUUUCUAUGUUGAAAAAUUCUAGCGAACCUUAACUUGAC